CAGGCCGGGGAAAGAAAAGAUACUGUUUUCAUUUAUUCUUUUCAGUAUCUUGGAUUAGGUUAUGCUGAGUGGUGUUGUGAAUGUGACAAUGGUGAAUUAGUGGAGUAAAUCUAUGAGCGUGUAUGAAAUAUAUUUAUUGAGAUUUAUAUAAUAAAAGAAUAGUUAAAAUGUCGACAGUUCUUUUAGCCGUGGUUGCCGUUAUUUUGUGCAUUCUUUUCCGAAUAUUAAACGUAAACAGCCAGCCUUAUAAACCCGUGAUUUACGGAAGGGACAGGAAUUUUAUUGAAAAUAUUUUAUUCAUCGCACCCUUCUUAAAUGAACCUUACACACCAACAAGACUGUGGGGCUUCAGUGGUCAUGUUCAGACUAUACUUCAUAGUCUGAUUGGCCGAGUAAGAUGCCCUUGGCCCAUCGGUGGCAGAAUAUCUCUGGUUCUCCCAGACAAGUCGACACUCACAUAUGAUCUGUAUGAACCAGUUGGAUCUGAACGGGAAGAUGACGUCACGGUGGCGAUCUGUCCCGGCAUCGGCAACACGUCGGAGAGCGUGUACAUCCGUACAUAUGUACACUACUCGCAAUGCCACGGCUACCGCUGCGCCGUGCUCAACCACAUCGGAGCCCUCGCCAGCGUGCCCGUCACAGGCGCCCGCAUAUUCUCCUACGGCCACACUGACGACUUUGGUUACAUGGUUGAUAAUUUAAUAGAACGAUACCCGAACACCAAAUUAGUUCUAGUCGGAUUCAGUCUAGGAGGUAAUUUGAUAUCGAAGUAUUUGGGCGAGGACAGGAAGCGACCUCUUAAUAUUGUGGGAGGCAUCUCUAUAUGCCAAGGAUACAAUGCUAUUGACACCAUGGUACAUCUAUUGCAAUGGCAGAAUUUCCGUCGUUUCUACCUUUACAUAAUGACUGAUAACUAUCGUAACAUAAUAACUCGGCACAAGCGGAUCCUGCUCAGUCCAGAGAUGAAGAACAGAUAUACUUUAGACGAGAACAUGAUUGUCUCCGCCGGUACUUUGCCAGACUUGGAUGAAGCCUAUUCAAGGCGUGUGUACGGGUUUGAAUCUGUAACGGAUUUAUACAAAUGGAGUUCCUCAGCAUUCUACCUCGAUAAUAUAAAAACCCCAAUGGUGUUUAUAAACGCACGAGAUGAUCCCAUAGUUCCUGAACAGCUGUUGCCAGUUGCACGGGAAUUUGUUAGUUCACACGAUAAAGCGAUGUACUUGGAGCUGUCGCACGGCGGCCACCUGGGCUUCUACGAGGGCGGACUGGUGUACGCCAACCCGGUGACGUGGCUGGACCGCGCGCUGGCGGGGCUGGUGGGCGGCCUGCUCAUGGCGCACGACAAGGCGCCCAAGGACGCGCCCGCCGCCGCCCGCGAGCCCGACCUCAUCAAGUCCGCCACCAUCAUCUACAGGGACCCCCUCGACAAAACUCAGAACCUCUAAGUAUUCAUAUUCCUAUUCUUGAAGGCCUAUUCGUUUAUUUUUAUUUACAAUAGUAAAACAGUGUUUUUCAAUCUUCUAUUGACGCGACUUUGAUAUAACUUGUUUAAAGUUGGCGAAAAUUCUUCGAAGCAUCGCGGUUUACAGGUUGGAAACCACUGCUUUAAAUUUGAAUGAACUGUGACUUAAUGGUGAUUUUAUAUCGCCAAAAAUGGCAUAGCCUUGGCGAUUUAUUAGGUUAUAGUUGUUUGUUUCCUAGAUGUGUUAGUUAAAAAAGUAUUUAAUGUACUAAAGAGAGUGCAAUAGAGCGGUUUCUUACAAUGCCUAGAGCUUGAAGCCGAUAGUUUUCAUUUAUGUUUUUAAUGUAUAAAGAAAUUCUUUUUAAUAUUCGACUAAAAUUUUAGUCAUUAAAGUGGAUUUGCGUGUUAUUGAAUACGAUAAAUCGCCAAGUUCAAUUAAUUCCGUUAAUUUAUAUGUAGUAUUAUAAAUAUAUAUUGUUAAGUGCCUUUACAAAGAUUAUUUUGUAAUACUUAUUAUAUAUUGGUCAUUGGAAUAGAAAUUGUUAUCUCUCCUCGUUGAUCGAGUUGAAAUAUAAAUAUGUAGAAUUUUGUAUAUGUUGCGAUUAUUUGUAAUACGGACAAUAUUUGUGUUCAAAAAGAUAUUAUAUACAUGUUUGAGAUUUUUGGCCACACUAAGAUUAUUCCAAUAUGCAUUUUAUUUGACAUAUUUUAUUAAGCGAUUAAAUAAGGUCAAAUAGAAAACGAUUGUGCUAGGUUUUACGCACAUUUGCUAUGAUAUUGUCUGCACAUUAUUUUUAUUUAUAAUAUGUGAUAUCUGAUACCGAAAUCGAUUGUUUUGGCAACGUUUUUGUAGAUUGAAUAUUGAUACAAAUUAGAAACAGUACAAGAAUUCAUAGCACAAUUAGUUUUGAGAGAUUAUAUAGUAUUAUAAUUAACGUGUUAUUGAUAAAUUUAUAGAAAAUUAGAAAUGAAAUGUUUGAUUUGCAUUGGGUUAUUGUUAAUUUGUUACACAUUUUUUUUUAUAAUUGUAAAACUUGUAAUGCUUUCCAUUUCUUUUUAUAUUUAAUUGAUGUAAUUUUAUUUAACUAUCGAAUGUUUGUUAAAUGCGAAUAUUUAUUAAACAAAGCAUGUUCGCAAGAGAAUAGUUAAUUAUAUUUUCAAUACGAAUAAAAUAACACUUCCUUGAUAUAGGUCUGGCUAACACAAUAUUAAAUGUUUUGAAAACAAAUUCCUAGUAACUCAAUAUUCACAAGUCACAUUAACAUUAAUUUCACUACAUGUUAGUGUCUACGAUUUUAAAAGCAUCUAACUGUAUUUUAAGUGCAGUGACACCUUUUUCAAGAUAAUUAUUAAAUUCUAGUAUGCCACAGUGAGAGAUUUAUUUAAAAUUACCUUUUACAUUUAGGCAGAUAAUUUUAAAAUCCAAUCUAAAUAGUUGAGACAUUCCAAUUUAAACUUACUUUAAUUCUGAUACCUAAUUGGACAAUUUGUUUUACCAUUUGCUUUUCAUUUUGAAGAUGGUUUUUAACGAACUUUUGUUUUUUUGUUAAUAAAACAAGGUUUUCCGAAUUUAUGUACUGGUGAACCAGCUUGUCGUCAAAUAAAUUUGAAGUAAUUCGUAGCAAAAGUGAAUUCCAAGGAAUAUAAUGCAGUGAAUCUCGAUAUUUUUGUACUUGAAUAGUUUGUAAAAUUACAUAUUUGUAUGUUUGAAUCGGUCGUUAGCUUGUUUGUGAAGAUUUUGGUUGAUAUUUGUAAUAAUAUAUCUUUAGGGAAAAUUAACGUAGAAGACACAUUUAUCUAGUGUUCUUUUUAUAUCAAUUAUAAAAUUUAUUUAUGACCCAUGGGCGUCGUCGACGUUGGGCCAACUACUCACCCUUCAGAGAAUCUAUGUAAAGUAGAUUUAAAAUUUCGAAUUAAUAAAAGCUGUCCACCCUUAGCUUGGCUCAUCGACUGGUGACGCCUUUGUUAUGACCAAUAGUUUAUAGAUUUUGGUUAAAAGUGUAUGCUUGUGUUGAAUUAUUUAUUGUAUUCAUAUUUUUGCAAUAUGUAUACUUUGUGUUACUUAGAAUGUGGUACUUACAUUAGCAGACCAAAUUCGAUCUCAAGUAGCAGUAGCUAUGAUCACAUGAAUGUUAUGACGUAAUAACGUGUUUGUAACCGUGUGUUCCCAUUGCCGAAACAUUUGUAAAAACACGUUUAUAACUAGUGUUUCUGUAGUGGUAAUCACCGUUUACAUUUUUUUGUCUCAUUGACUUGAUUAUUGACGGUAAUUUUGAUUGUGUGGAAACAAUUGUGUUUCAGUUGUAUUUAUUGUAAUUGUGCAUUGUAAAUCUAUUGUACUAUUUAUUACUUAAUGUUUAUGCAUUUUCUUUUGUCACUUGAAGCAUUUUUAAGUAUGUAUACGACAUUUUAAGUAUAAUUGUGAUAGGUAGUGUAAAUUCUUUACAAAUGUAUGUAUAAACUACAUACUAUGAUAUGAAAGAAGUUGUUUUGAAAAUUCUAAUGGUACGCCGCUAUGAUAAAAGGAACACAACUUUCGUGUAUUUUUGGUUAGUCUAUUUUAACCUGAUUAUUGUAUUUAAUUUGUACAACUUAUUUUAUGUUUUGGUUGAGCUGCGUGGCCACUGUGCAGUGUGAACUAAGGUGACCACGAGUUUCAAGUGUCAAAGCAACUGUACAAAACAUGUCACAUAAAGAGAUAUGUUUCUGUGCAGUGCUUUGUCUCUCUCACAGUGUUAAAAGAUUGCUUGUCAAAAUGUAUGUUAAUUUCAUGUUGAAUAAAUGUUGCAAUAAAUAA